AUGUCUUCAACCAGUUACUUCUGUUUUGGUUUUUCUCUUCUGUUAUUGCUUCACAGCGCUGUGUCAAUGGACUAUGGGGCAGCUCUCACCAAGUCUUUGUUGUACUUUGAAGCUCAAAGAUCUGGAAAACUACCUCCUAACCAGCGGGUGCAAUGGCGAGGUGACUCGGCCCUAAACGAUGGUAGAGAUGCUGGGGUGGAUCUGUUGGGAGGAUAUUAUGACGCUGGAGACGAUGUGAAAUUUGGGUUUCCGAUGGCAUUCACUGUGACCAUGCUGGCAUGGGGUGUGGUGGAGUAUGGGUCACAACUCCAAGCCAAGGAGGAACUCUCAAAUGCUUUGGAAUGUAUCAAGUGGGGAACAGACUACUUCAUAAAAGCUCACCCAGAGCCUAAUGUCUUUUAUGGUGAAGUUGGUGAUGGUGAUUCUGAUCAUAGCUGCUGGCAAAGACCAGAAGACAUGACAAACACUAGAAAUUCGUAUAGGAUUGAUGAACAACAUCCUGGAGCCGACCUCGCCGGGGAAACUGCAGCUGCUUUUGCUGCUGCAGCUAUAGCUUUUAAUGGGUCAAACCCAAGUUAUUCUUCUCAACUUAUCACCCAUGCAAAACAGCUAUUUGAUUUUGCAAAAAAUCACCCUGGACAGUACCAAAACAGCAUCUCAGUGGCCGGAAGCUUCUACUUAAGCAGUGGAUAUGAGGACGAAUUGUUGUGGGCAGCCGCAUGGUUACAUCGAGCUACCCAAGAUAAAGGAUACAUGGAUUAUAUCCAACAAUCUGUAAAUUCAGGUGGCACCCGAUCCAUGUUCUCUUGGGACGAUAAAUAUGUUGGCACUCAAGUCCUCAUUGCAAAGAAUCUUCUCAAGGGCAAAUUUGUAGAAGAUGGAAAAUUUGGUGAGUAUAAAAGCAAUGCGGAACAAUUCAUCUGCAACUGCAUCCAGAAAGGAAGCAGCAACGUGCAAAGGACUAGGGCGGGGCUACUAUGGUGGCAACCAUGGAAUAAUCUUCAAUACCUUACCAGUUCAUUGUUUGUCACAACCACUUAUGCCGAUACUUUGACAGCCACACAAAACACGCUCCAAUGCCCUGGUGGUUCAGUCACGCCUGAAGAUCUCAUCACAUUCGUUCGAUCACAGGUGGAUUACAUACUUGGCUCAAACCCUAAGGGAAUGAGUUACAUGGUUGGGUUUGGACCUAAGUAUCCCCAGCAUGUUCAUCACAGAGGGGCAUCGAUUGUGUCGAUAAAGACCGACAGUUCACCGGUGACUUGCAAGGGAGGGUUCGACUGGUUCGGUAGGAAUGAACCAAACCCUAAUGUUCUGGAGGGAGCAAUAGUUGGUGGACCAGAUCAGGGAGAUGACUAUACAGACUCAAGAAGCAACUACCAGCAAGCUGAAGCAGCCACAGCAAAUACUGCACCACUCGUCGGAGUCUUGGCACGGCUUGCCUGA